AUAAGUUAGCACCGAAGCAAAAGUUCGUUGGUCAAAUGGGAACGGAAUCAGAAACGGUGUCGUGUGAGUGGGUCGGUAAGCACGUAGCUCAAGUCAACGGCGUCACACCUGAGAAAGUCUGGUCAGUGUUUGCAGACUUUUGCAACAUCCAAGAGUGGUUCCCAGCACUCGACACGUGUUACCGUGUCCAAGGAACCGAUGGAGAGCCUGGUCUGAUCCGAUACUGCGCCUCCACAAAAACAAAGGAAGAGGGGACAAAGUGGGCUAAAGAGCGGCUGGUCAAGAUCGAUCACAUCGGAAGGUGUUUGAGCUAUGAGAUUCUCGAGAACAACGUGGGGUUCGGAUCUUACGUGUCGACGGUCAGAGUAACGCCAGUGGACGGUGACGAUCAAGUGUCUCGAAUCGAGUGGUCGUUUGUGGCCGAUCCUGUUGAUGGUUGGAAGAAGGAAGACCUUGAUUCUUACGUUGACUUUUGUCUUCAACAUAUGGCCAAGAAAAUGGAACUCAAUCUCUAGAAUCUUGUUCUUGUUCUUUCCUAUGGUGUAAGUCUUGUCUCGAUGGUGGUGGGUUUCAUGUUAGGAAAAAUUAAAUAAAAAAAAAAAAAAAUCAUGUGGUUAUAUGAUUCAAUGGAACUUCGUUUUCUGAA